AUGGCGCCCCUCGAGCUCGCCGAUGCAAUGGACGACGCCUCGUCGGGCGACUCUUUUACCCUGCUGAAGCAGCAGCUCGAGCUCGACUUCAGCUUUGCACCGCGCCGGGUCAAGGGCCUGACUACGCUCGACAUUCAGCCCGACCAGGCCCAGCUGCGAGACAUCACCCUCAAUUGCCGCCAACUCCGUCCCACGAGCAUCCGUAUCCAAGGCGAGAAGGCCGCCUUUAGCUAUUCGAAUCUGCACCAGCGCCUAACCCUCUACCCCGGCACCGGCCUCGAGCAGUAUCACUUCGUCAAGCAGCGCAUAGCGCGACACACCUCGGGCGCCGAGGAUGAGCUGGUCAUCACAGUGCCUGACAAGGUCAGGAUUCGGGAAGUGAAGCCCUCAGAGGCUGGCAUGACGGAUGACGCACCAGGCACCUUUUACGCGCCGUUGAAGCUCGAGAUUGAAUACGAACUAGACGAUUUCCGGGACGCGCUUCACUUUGUCGGUGUCGAGGAUGGAGACGCUCGCUUCCCGCAUGCAUAUACGCGCAACUCAUCUUUCCCUGGUACCGCAUCUUGCCUGUUUCCGUGCAUAGACGACGGCGAGACGAGGUGUAUCUUCGAAGUCUCCAUCCGCUAUCCGCGCACGCUGGGCGACGCUCUUAGCAAACCCUCGCCACCGAAUGCGAACCCCAAUGGACCACUAGCCGAUGGAGUCGACAAAGCCGAUAGUGUCAUGUUGGAUGUAGACGAUGAGCAAGCUGAUCUAUCCGAGGAAGAGAAAGCCAUGGAAAUGCAAGUCAUCUGCUCCGGCACGCUGACGGACGAUAUUCUCGAUCCCGCCGACCCAGCACGAAAGACUGCAAGCUUCUCAUGCGAGACCCCUGUACUCCCCCAGCACAUUGGCUUUGUCAUCGGACCUUUCGAACAUGUCGACCUCUCUGAAUACCGUGAUACCCUGGAUGACGAGCGCUUGGGCGAAAAUGCUAUCAAGGUCCACGCAUUCUGCUUGCCCGGCAAGGAAAACGAGGUCCGGAACAGCGCCAUGAUGCUCGCUCGAGCUCUUGACACUUUCACGGAGCGAUUCCAGAGUUAUGCGUUUGGGAACUCCUACAAACUCGCAUUCGUAGACGACCUGGAUUGCGAUACUGCGCACACAGCCUCGUUUUCAAUCUGCAGCUCGCGCCUGCUCUUCCCGGAAACCGUUUGGGAGCCACUCGAGCACACGACCAGGGUGUUGGUACAUGCAGUAGCCAGUCAGUGGAUAGGCGUGGAUGUUAUCGCACACAAUCUGGAAGACUACUGGAUUAUCGUUGGUGGCUCGUGGUUCAUGGCUGAACUGUAUCUCAAAGAACUCUUUGGCCGGAAUGACUGGCGCUUCAGGCAAAAGCUGAUGGUAGAUAAGGUCAUCUACAUGGACCGCAAGCGCCCAUCGCUUCAGCAGCUUGCAGAACACAUGCAGUUGGAUCCUCGUGAGGCCGAAUUCAUGGAGCUCAAGUCGCUUAUGGUCCUCUCCAUUCUGCAUAACCGCCUGGUAAAACAGAGCGGCAAAAACGGUGUUGAUAGAUGCUUGUACCGGAUGUUAUUCAAUGCUCGUCAAGGAAAGUAUCCCAACGGCGCAGUUACUACUGAUGACUUUCUCGAUAUUUGCGAGAAAGUAGGCCACCAGAAGCUUGAAUCUUUCUUUCAACAGUGGAUUAUAGGCGCAGGAUGCCCCACAUUUCACUGCGUUCCUUCAUUCAACAAGAAGAAGCAAGUGGUUCAGCUUACCAUCAAACAGCUCCAGGCCGACUCGUCCAUCACAACAAUUGAGAACGGUCUUGCGGCAGAUGACUUUAUGCGCGAAGCGAAACAGAAAUCUCGAGACUUGCGGUCAGCAACAGGAUAUCCCACAUUUGUAGGCCCCAUGACUAUCAGGAUCCACGAAGCCGACGGUACCCCCUAUGAGCAUAUUGUCGACAUCAACUCGAAUAAUGUCAAAGUUGAGAUUCCGUACAAUACCAAAUACAAACGAUUAAAAAGGAAUCGAUUAAACAAGGAGCGUAUGGCCGCCGCCGCUGGUCUCGAUGCUUCCGGCGAAACACAAGAAGAUGUCACAUUUUACAUGUUAGGAGACCUUUUUACUUCACCCCAAGAACACGAAGAGUGGCGACUCGACGAUUGGCCACCGGAAGACGAAGCUAAGCAGGAAGGUGAAGCGUACGAGUGGAUCCGCAUCGAUGCAGACUUUGAAUGGAUAUGUCGGACCAAUAUUGAAGACAUGCCGUCGUACAUGUACGUCUCACAGUUGCAGCAGGACAAGGAUGUUGUUGCACAAGCAGAGUCGAUACAGUUUCUUGCCAACAAAGAGGGUCACCCGUUGAUCUCCACUUUCCUGGUCAAGACGUUGAUGGACAAUCGAUAUUUCCACGGUAUACGGACUAUGGCUGCCAUGGUCCUCGCCCAGAGCGCGCUGAAGCGGACUCAGUGGGUUGGACUCUUCCACCUGAAGAAGGCCUUUCGUGAGCUGUUCUGCUUGCCAAACUCGCCAAUGACUCGAUCAAAUGACUUUUCUGACCGCAGCAUGUAUCUGAUACAAUGCGCUAUUCCUAGAGCCAUUGCUAAGAUCAAGGGCGAGGACGGCAGAUCACCACUAGAGGCUAAGCGUUUCCUACUGGAUCUCGUGCGAUACAACGACAACCGCGGAAAUGAUUACAGCGACGACCAUUACAUUGCCACACUGAUGCGAUGUCUGGCGGAAACCUUGACCAAGACGAAUAUAAGUUCCGAGCUCAGCCACGAAGAAUGGGCGCAGGAACAGGACUUUACCAACAAGGCUAUCGGAGAGCUCACUCGACAUCAGAGGCUUGACGAAUGGAUCCCUACGUACCAGAAUGUGUACACGACCACUGCACUUGACUGUGCGUUCAAGCUGGUUACAAGCCGAGUGACUCCCUUCAAGCCUACUGAGUUUCUGCAGUACGCACAACUAGGGAAUGCAGACAAUGUGCGCUUAAAAGCGUGGGAGUGUCUCAUUCGACUGGGCAUGUUCCGCAAAGAUUCGGUCAUGAGGUUUCUGGUACAUGAGAUUCGGUCUGACCCUUCACCGUACUUCAGGAAGCAGAUGCUACGUAUUCUUGGUCUUGCCAUCGGUCAGGUGGCUACCGGUGAUGUUUGGGCACCAGAAAAGGCUGCCGAAACUGCUGCAGACACGCUUGUGGUUGAGAACGAAGCAAGCAACGCCGAACGCGCAUCCGCCCUAGCUCGUCAGAACCUUAACGGAGCUUUGAGAGGUUUGAAGAGCGACCUGCAAGGACACCAAACUUUGCGGUCGGUACUUGAGGAGGCACUCAAGUCCACAACUUUGUCUGUUAACGACAUGUCUGAGAUCUUGGACAUCUGCGAUAUGAUCUUUGACAACCAAAAAGUCAACAAGCUACCAGUCAAGUUGGCCCUUCCACGUUACUGGACUGUAGAGCACCUCGGAAAAGCAGUGCUGCGCUUCAAGCAGACCAAGAAAUAUAGGACGACUCCCAAGCGGCCUUUGGUUGCCCCUACUCCAGCCCCUGCUCCAGUUCUUCCGGUCGCUCCACCUCUUCCUUUGCGAGAGCCAGUGGCACCGGUAGUGAAGCCAACCGGCCAGCCGAAGUUGUCACUCAAGAUUGGCGGGCUGCUAAAGAACAAGAGUGCAUCGUCUCCACCGACAGCUGUCGACUCUACGCAUGCCAAGUCACGAAGUCAAUCGAUGGUGUUUUCGCCCACUGUUCAUUAUUCGCCAUCCCCUAUUUCUCAGUCCACUAGGCCAUCUCCAGCGCCGCAGCCGCAGCCACAGUCGAAGCCACAGUCUCAGCCGCAAUCGCAAUCGCAGUCUCAGCCGCAGUCGCAGUCGCAGUCAGAGUCACAGUCACAACCGCAGUCGCAGUCUCAGCCAUCACAGCCUGCCGACGCUUCUGUUCCUACAUCAGCUCAGCCAGAUUCUCGAGCCUCGACACCAGAGAUACCAUUGAUGCAGCAACCUAUGAAGAAGGUGUCUACUCCAGCAGCAACACCCAAAGUAGGAACCCCAGCACCAGUACCGGCUACCGCUCCAACUGCAGCUUCAGUACCAGCACCGAAGAUAGUUACCAAAACCCCAGUCCCACCACCAAGAGUCUCGGUACCAGCUCCCAAGUCAGCUUCUGUUCAAUCAAAGCCGGCGAUGGGAUCCGUCAAGAUACCAAAGUCUGUAUCUACACCAACCAUGUCAUCGCCCGUUCCCCUACCCGCCCCCAAACUCAAGAUCAAGACGAAGACUGCCAAUGGGUCAACUGUAACUUCCAGGCCAUCAAGCGCAGCUCCUUCGCCACGCCCCAGCGCCGCACCUUCGCCUCGACCGACUGUCGUCCCGCCACCUCGUCCCACUGCAUCCGUACCCGGACCCGUUGCCCGACCCGUCAUCAAGCAAAAGCGAAGCAAAAUCGUCAAGCUGCGACUCGCACCCCGCCUUCUCUCACGCUUCACAGGCGACACUAAGAAACGCAAGCUUAUCCUCGGCAACGGCGGCAAUGACGACGACCGACCCCUCAAGCGCCAGAGCCUCGAAACGGGUGUGCGCGUGAAUGGCGGCAACGGCACGCCCAAGAGCGGUCUGGUGAGUGUGGAGCGCGGAGGAAGCGAUAGACCGCGUCUCGUUGUCAAGAUGAAGCUUGGAAAAGGCAAAUUGCCUGUUGAGCGGAAAUGGUAA